AUGGCUCCCGGAGUCAAUUAUGUGACCUUCAAGUCCGACUGCUUCUACCAAACACAAAUCCAGGUCAACCCCACCAACUUGAGUUACAUCCAAGGAAAAACUUGUUUCCCGUAUCAAGACGGAUCGGCUCCUGUCAAACGGUGGUACUACUGCUUCUGCAAUGAUCGUGAUUACUGUAACUCUGCAAAUGGACUCGGAAUCUUGACUGCUCUAAUAUUAUCAGUUAUUUAUUCUUCCUGGAUUCAAUAA